AUGUACAAUGCUACAGCUGAAGAUGCUGUACGACAAUUCGCAAUGCGACAGGAGUCACCGCCCCGGGCGAAUGCUUUCCCCAUUCCAGUCUUCGACAAUGCUAAGGAAGCAGUCUUGGCCAUUGCGAAGUCCAGAACUGAUGACUGGAGGCGUGAGCGGUUCUUCGUGAAGGCGACGAAGUUCAAUGCUCAGGAUAGUCUCAGGAGAACAGCUUCCUUGGAGCUGGUACUCGCGCAGGCUGGAGCCUUUCCGAGCUUUCCACCGGCACAAGUUUGGAAGUCUGGCUUGCUGCGACCUUGGGCGCUGCCCAUCAGCGAGGUGGUUGACAGGAGUUUGUGUGCAGAGUUCCAAGCCCUGUCGCACAUCUGCGACCUCCUGGACGACGCCGGCGUGAAGCAGGCCGAGUUCGAGAGAGUGCCGUCCCCUCAGCUGGCAAGGCGGCUGAAGGCUGUGCAUGUUUUGAAAAGGUGUGGCAGCCCACGUUUUCGCAAGCUCCUGAACAUCAGUGCGGUCUAUGCGCCAGCUCUUGCAGCUUUUGCCGCAGCUGCGAUUGCAGGUGUUCUGUGCCUUGACUUGAGCGUGACGGAGAAUGGGAGGGUGGGGUCGGCUAUGAUCGGUGACUAUCGUGCGGGCGGGGCAGAGUCUGUCUGCGAGAAUCCGACGGUCAAAAGAGCCGAAGGAAUGUCAGACAAGUUUGUCCAGUGGCCUGAAUUGCUGCUGCCCGCAAUGGGGCAGACGGCAUGCUGCUGCGAGAAGACGGAUGAAGAGAGGCUCGUGCCCGUGUCCUCGCUGACGCCCGGCGGCAUCGCAUCGACGGCAGACCCUUGUCUGACCUCGCCGCCCCGCGAGUUCCCAGCUGAGGUCUUAGGAACGCAGAUGGACGGUGCCGUGAACGGUGCAGCUGUCGGUGAAGUGACUUUUUGGGAGCAGUUGGAGGGCAUGUAUGUCCGGGAGCAAGACGGGAAGUACAUGGCGAGCAUCCAAUCCAACCUCGUGCACUGGGCGGACGAGUUUCGCUCGGACCCCUCCGAGCUGUCCAUCACGGGCACCCGGGAGGUCUGCCUCAGUUUGGGUGGCCGGGUCUACACCGCGGAAAUCUCUGCGAGCCUGGGGACCUUACUCUGGGACGAUGGCGAGGAGCUGCCGCUCUUCAGCUUGCGGCAGCCGUUCCCAGAGAUCGGGCAGCCUUCUGGAGAACUCGCACUGAACAUGUUCGAGGACCGCUACGUGGAGCUGGUGCGGCGACUGGAGUCCGGGAAGAGCCCCCAUUUCGGCUACACUGCAGUUUCGCACCGGCGCGUUCGCGGGCGAGGGGUCCUCCUGGACGGCCGUGGCUUCCGAUGGGUGGGUUCCCGCAAGUCGGGCCCGGUCGUGCUGCAGGUUUUCGGAUACUCUCCAUCCGUAGCGAAGUGGUCAAGGCAGACCUUUGUAGGCGUGAGGUACAUUGCAACGGUGCAGACGUUUGCAGACCGCGACCUUUCGCGAAUGCACACUGGUGGCAGAGAACAUCCUGCACUCGAGACGAUCUGGGGACAGGUCUACGUCCAAACUGGUGGAGGUCUGGGCUUUGCCUCGUACCAUUUUCACCAUCCGGGCGAGUGCUACAUCUCCUACGAGAGGGCAAACAACAACACCUUCCCGAAGCUGGACGACGGCAGCCAGCCCCCCGCGAAGAAGUACUUCGAAGAGGUUGUCUACGACCCAGGAACCCGCUGUUUUCGAGGAGUCAUUGACUGGUCGCCAAGCUCCUGGCAGGGUGACGAGAAGUGGGUGUACAACAUGGUCUUCUCUGCAGAUCUGGACAGCAUUGUUGCGGGAACCGUGCAUGCCAUCCCUGCGAACAAAGCAAAGCAGACAAAGGAGCUGCGCUUCGGAGUGUCCGGGGCCGCCGCCUCGGAUGUCGAAGCGGCUCUGGGUGCAGCGGAGGCCUUGGCUAUCACAGCAGGCCUCGUCUUCGAUGAUGAGUGCCUUGGCUUAUGCUGCGUUGGUUGGUCUGCGAAAGCCGGAACCGACGUAGGAGACUUCGGGCAAAGGCUGGUCUCGCCUGGAGGCCAUAGGAACUCUGCAGAGGAAGACGCCCUGUACUCCGUGCUUUUGGCCACCGCCAAGCAAACGGAAGGAGAUCUCCACAGCAGCGCAGAGGAUGCCCUUUGCGCUUGCUGGGAGGACUCCGGAGAUGCCAAGGUGAACGCAGAGAUGGCUCGAGGAAUUGAGCUGCUGGACGACCAGAAGGCUGCAGGGCAAUUGACCGGAGCUGUGCAUCCGUUCUGCGACAAGGCGGAUGAGGCCGUAGAAAGCUUCACGCGCGUGACGGAGAUGGCGCCCAACUUCGCGGAGGGCUGGCACAAGCUCUCCAUUGCUCACUAUGCGAAACAGGCUCUCAAACUUCAGCCGCGGCACUACUGGUGCGCUGGGACGGUAGCAGUUUUCUGCGUCAUAGAGCUGCUGGUUCAGGUGCUUGACGGGCAUGGGCAGUUGCACGGCUACUACGAGCUGGAUGAGAAGCAGAAAGCACGAGAAUGUUGGGAGGCGGCGCUGGAGAUCUUUCCGGCGAUGCCCGGAGCGCAGGCGAAGAUCGAAGAAGCCGCCUCUUUGCUAACAUUAGCGAGGGACUUGAAGGACAUCAUGGACGAGCACCCCGGCUCCGAACGCUGCGGGUGUGGUGUGUGGCAUCUCAGGCCAGCUUGCCGAGUCGACAGUCUCAGCGUGUUGCAGCUUUUGGAGCCCGAAGCCAUUCAAGAGCUUGCCUCUGUGAGCACAUCGGCUUUGCCCGUCAUAGAUCGAUUUGUCAACGGCUUCCAGACAGAGAAUGCUGAGCUCGCGACGGUGCCGCUGCCUCAGCAGAUGCGCAACAAACAGCCAACCUCUGACUGGUUGAAAAUUGCCACAGACCUCGGAGAACGAGACCCUCUGAAAUACAAGUUGCGAUGGCCAGCAAGCGAGUACUCAUCGUCUGAUCGUUUUCUGGAGACAGCCACUGGGAGCCUUGGGCUGAUACAAACCUGCCCACAGGAUGUCCACCGGCUCAAGAUUGACCGCGACAACUUCCCAGAUGCCUCUCGCAUUGAUCCGCAAUUGUCAG